CUAAAAAGUUUUCCAGAAGUUUCUCGGAAGGGCGGACGGGGUGUGUGAUGUAGUCAGUCGGUUAGGUGGAAGGGAAAAACCACAAGAACAACGCCAUAGAGAGGACUCAGACUGAGUAGGAAGUGGGGUUUUCGUGGGUUGGAAGUUGCCCGGGCCAGGCCCUUUUCCUGUGAAUAAAGCCGGGCUUCGAACCAGAGGACCUCAUUACCCAGAGACACUACCAGUGCACCCAUGUCUAUGUUGUGAGCUGUUUUACGUCGAACUACCUCAGGGAUUCACACCACAGCUUUCAAAAACGUGCAAAGAAUCGUGUCGAAGUCUACAGUGCAAGAAAAAUGUGGGCCACACUAGCCUACUGCGUGCUAUUUCUAGCAGUGAGCACAUCUGCUCAGAACUGCGACAACGGGAGCUGCUAUCCUGCCACGGGCGACCUCCUGGUGGGGAGAGAAAAGAACCUGACGGCGUCGUCCACCUGCGGCACGCAGAGCCCCUCCCAGUACUGCAUAGUUAGCCACUUACAGGACAUCACCAAAUGCUUUAUCUGCGACUCCCGGCAGCCGUAUAGAGACUACUACAACGAGAACAGCCACCGGCCCGAGAACAUGGUCACCACCUUCACGGAAAACCGCAAGAAGACCUGGUGGCAGUCCGUCAACGGCGUGGAGAGCGUUCACCUUCAGCUCGACCUUGAGGCCGAGUUCCACCUGACCCAUUUGAUCAUGACCUUCAAGACCUUCCGCCCGGCAGCCAUGUUGAUCGAGAGGUCGUCUGAUUUCGGCCGCUCGUGGCAGGUGUACAGGUACUUCGCGUACAACUGUCCCGAGAGCUUUCCCGGCGUCCCCCAGCGUCUGCCUCAGAGGAUAGGCGAGGUGGUCUGCAUCUCCAGAUACUCCCAGGUCGAGCCGUCUACCGAAGGAGAGGUCAUCUACAGGGUGCUCCCGCCAGCCCUGGAGGUCGUCGACCCCUACAGCCAGGAAGUCCGUGACCUUCUCCGUAUAACCAACCUGCGCAUCAACUUCACCAAGCUGCACACCCUCGGGGACGAGCUGCUGGACAACCGGCCCAAGAUCCGCGAGAAGUACUACUACGCUGUGUACGACAUGAUCGUCAGGGGAAACUGCUUCUGCUACGGACACGCCGAGACCUGCGAACCCGUCGACGGAGUCACCCCAGUGGAGGGAAUGGUGCACGGCAAGUGUGCCUGUAAGCACAACACCAAGGGUCUGAACUGCGAGGCCUGCCAGGACUUCUUCAACGACCAACCGUGGAGACCGGCGCGUGGAAGCGACACCAAUGCCUGCAAACGUUGUAACUGUAACAGCCACUCCAACAAGUGCCACUUUGACCCAGCGGUGUACGAGCAGACCGGGCGUGUGAGCGGUGGGGUGUGUGACGACUGCCAGCACAACACCAUGGGCAGGAACUGUGAGGAGUGCAAACCCUUCUACUACCAGGACCCCAACAAGGACAUCCGAGACCCCAACAUCUGUCUACCAUGUGACUGUGACCCAGACGGAGCUGUGAACGGAGGAGAGUGCGAGAGCCGCACGGACCCCGCCAACAACCUGGUGGCCGGACGCUGCAUCUGUAAGCGUAACGUGGACGGCGAGCGCUGCGACCGCUGCCGGGGCGGGUACUGGAACAUGCGCGCUGACAACCCCGAGGGAUGUGAAGCCUGCCAGUGCAACCCCAUUGGAACAUCUCGUGACCAGACCUGUGACCCGCGGACCGGAGACUGCAUCUGCAAGCGUCACGUCACCGGCAAGAACUGCGACCGCUGCGUGCCUGGGUUCUUCGGCCUGAGUGACAUCGAGGAAGGUUGCCGCCCGUGCGACUGUGAUCCGGGCGGUGCGAUCGACAGCCAGUGUAACCAGCUGGAUGGGCAGUGCAAGUGCCGCCCCCACAUGACCGGCCGUCGCUGUGACGAGGUCCAGCCAGGAUUCUACGCCAUCAACCUCGACAACUACAAGUACGAGGCGGAGGAUGCUCUGCCCAAUGGAGAGGCUAUGAUUGACAUGCGUCAGUGCGUGCCCGGCGCCACACGGACCUGGACCGGUCCCGGGUUCCGCUCCAUGCGGGAGGGCAGCAGCCUGGAGUUCACCAUCAACAACAUCCCCAUGUCCAUGGAGUACGACGUGGUGAUCCGCUACGAGCCGCAGCUGCCAGACUCCUGGGACGAGGUCGGCAUCACGCUCACACGACCCGGCGUCAUCGAGACCAGCAGCAUCUGUGGCAACACCAUCCCUCAGGACGACAUCCUCAGCACCUCCCUGCCUCCGGGAAGCAGGUAUCGUGUGAUGGCUACGCCCUUCUGUCUGGAGGAGAUGAAGGAGUACACCAUCAAGGUGGAGUUCCGCUCCUACCAGAGCGGCCGCACCAACCCACAGGCAACCAUUCUCUUCGACUCGCUUGUGCUCGUACCGAGGUACACCAGCGUGCCCAUCUUCCAAGGCCAGGAGGGACAGUCACGUCGGGACGAGUUCGAGCGCUAUCGCUGCCAGGAGAACUACCUGCCUGUGCUGAAGCCCCAGAUCCCACCCAUCUGCAAGAGCAUGGUGCGGAGCAUCUCCGCCAUCAUGCACAAUGGAGGCAUGCCGUGUAACUGUGACAUCAACGGCGCUGAGAGCACGGUCUGUGACCCCGAGGGAGGUCAGUGUCCCUGCAGGAACAACGUGAUUGGUCGGCGCUGCGACAUGUGCUGCCCUGCGACCUUUGGCCUUGGCCCACAGGGAUGUAGAGCUUGUGACUGUGACGCCAGCGGCUCCCGUGACCUGUUCUGUAACCCCAGCAACGGGCAGUGCCUGUGCAACCCCGGCGCAUACGGCCGCCGCUGUAACCGCUGCCAGGACAACUUCUGGAACUUCCCCAACUGCCAGCGCUGCAACUGUAACGGGCACGCCGACCGCUGCGACUCCGUCUCCGGCUCCUGUAUCGACUGUCGGGACAACACGGCCGGCCAGUUCUGUCAGACCUGUAAGGAUGGUUACUAUGGCGACCCGCGGCUGCAGCCGGGCGGUUCUCAGCCGUGCCGGGAGUGCAUGUGCCCCGGCGGCAUCAGCAGUGGCCGGCAGUUUGCUGACCGGUGCUACCAGGACCCGCGCAGCCAGGCCGUCAUCUGUAACUGUAACGAGGGAUACACCGGACCUAGAUGUGACAGCUGCGCACCUGGUUUCUAUGGCAACCCGGAGGUACCUGGCGGCAGCUGCCGCAGGUGCGAGUGUAACAACAACAUCGACAUGACGGACUCCACCGCGUGUGACAGCCGCACCGGAGAGUGCCGCAAGUGUCUGUACAACACGGAGGGACCUCGCUGUGACCGCUGCCAGGCGGGCUACUACGGAACCGCCACAAACCAGGACUGCAAGCGCUGUGUGUGUAACAUGCUGGGAACGGACCGCACGCGCGCCCGCUGUCAGGACGGAGGGCUGUGCGAGUGCGACCGUGUCAGCGGGAACUGCCCGUGCCUGCCCAACGUGGUGGGUCAGCAGUGCGACCGCUGCGCCCCAGACUACUGGAAGAUCGCCAGCGGGCGAGGCUGCGAGGCCUGCAGCUGUGACCCUGUCAACUCACUCUCCACACAGUGCAAUGAGUUUGAUGGGCAGUGUCGCUGCAAGCCUGGGUUCGGAGGCCGUACCUGUACCGACUGCGAGACCAACUACUGGGGAGAUCCGCGCUCCCAGUGCUCCGAGUGUAACUGCGACCCUCUGGGAUCGGAGACGCUGCAAUGUGACAGGAACACCGGCCAGUGUCGUUGCCGCCCGGGCGUGACCGGCAUGAAGUGCGACCAGUGUGCCCGCGGAACCAGGGGGAACCUCCCGCAGUGCGUGCCCUGUGGAGAGUGCUUCGACAACUGGGAUAACAUCAUCAAGGGCUUGGAAAAUGAGACCAGACACGAACUUGACCGUGCAAAGAACAUCGAGUCUUCAGGUGUUCCGGGUGCGUACGACGACAGGUUCCAGGGCAUCGAGGAUGACCUCAACGCGGCAAGAAACCUGCUUGGCGGUGGUCUUCCCAGCGGAGCCGGAGUGCAGGAGCUGGAGGCUGAACUGGAUGGGCUCAAGGACCAACUUGACAACCAGGACCAGUCUCUUGAUGGCAUCGAGAACGACUUGGGAAAAGCCUCUCAGGAUAUCAGGGGAGCCAAUGAUGACCUUGACGCCCUCGAGGGUCAGUUGAACAACCUGAACAAAGAUGUUGACGACUUUUCGAAGGACGUAGACAGGGUUAAGAACACAAACACUGUUGAGGCUCUCAAGAGCAUCAAAGACGCCCAGAAGAAAUCCCAGGAUGCCCAGGCCAAGGCUGACGGCACACAGCCCACCCUGGGGGAAUCAGAGACGACACGCAAGGAGGCGGAGAAGCUCAUGGCCGCCAACUCCGGAAACUUUGGUAACACCGACACCGAGCUGAACAACAAGAUUGCUGCGCUGGAAAACCAGGCUGACAUGCUCAGUUUGAGGGAGGUUAACGAGAAGGUUUGCGGUGAUCCCAUUGACGAGUCCACGCCCUGCGAGCAAGCCAAGUGCGGCCGCGCCGGCUGCUACUCGGGCACCCCCCAGACCCUGAAGUGCGGCGGGCUGGGCUGCGUCGGGAGCUGGGAGGUGGCCAACACGGCCAAGGACCGUGCCGAGAAGGCUGACGCUGAGCUGCAGAAGGCGGAGGAGAACGCCAGACGCCUGCUGGAGGAGGUGCGUCGUGCUAAGACUGAUGCUGAUGAUGCCAAAACCUCCGCCCAGAACGCGCUUGACCGUGCUAAGGAAGUCCGAGACAUGUUCAAAGGUCUGGACGACAAGGUGAACGCGCUUCUGGAGCAGAUCAGUGAGUUCCUGCGGGGAGAACACGCCGACCCCGACAGCGUCCUCAGGGUCGCCCAGGAGGUUCUUGACAAGAAAAUCCAGUACACCCCACAGGCGAUCCUGGACCUGGCAAAGAACAUUGAUGAGAAGGUGAAGACCCUGUCCGGUGUGGAUGCCAUUCUGGAGGCCACAGAGAACGACCUGAAGACAGCACAGGACCUGCUGUCUGCAGCCAUGAAGGCCAAGGAGGAUGCUGACAAGGUGAAGACCACUGCUGAGGAGGUGCGACAGGCGUUGGACGCGGCUGAAGUUGCUCAGCGCGACGCGGAACAGGCCAUCCGUGACGCCCAGGGAGACAUCAACGACGCAGAAGGCAAACUCACAGGGAUCGAGUCAGAGACCAGCUUGGCCGUCAACAAAAUCAACGAUGCUAUGCAGAAGAUUGCCGACAUGAACAACGAACUGACCAAUGAAAUAGGCCCCAAGUACACCAAGAACCAAGAGAACACCAAAGAUGCCAAUGACAUUGCCGACGCUGCCAUGAAGAAGGCCACUGCUGCCCGUAACCAACUUGAUGACCUAAAAGCCAAGUAUGAGGAAGCUCAGAGGAAGGUGAACGAUCAGUCAGCCCCGGGAGACACGUCUGGCCAGGCCACCAAGCUGAGAGAAGACGCCGCUGCCCUGGCUAGCGAGGUCCAGAGACAACUCACAGAACUGCAAAAUUUGAGGGCGACCUUCACCAGUCAAACAGACACGCUGACCACGAAGACAACUGACUUAACCCAACUGCAGCAGCGAAUGGAGGCCAUUCUUACAGAAAUCACCCGGAAGGCAACCGGCUACAGCACCUGCACUACAUGAGGACGCUCCCGCUAUACGUCUCCUUCGCACGAUUACAAACAUCCGGAUGUAUUUAUUUGAUGAGCUUUUGAGAUUAAGGAUGAGGCAUCUCUCUACAAAUGCAGAACACAUUUCUCUUGUCAGUUGUCUCAUGUGUAGCCUUAGGCGAAAGGUAGUAGUGAAAUAAAACAUUGUAUGAGACAACCUUUUCGCUCAACAAUGAACUAAGCUGUACAUUCACUUUGAAAAAAUGACCUUGCUUUCUCUGUUGAAGUGUAGGCUCCAGCCAACUGUAUAUUGCUAUUUUAGAGACACAAACAGUGUUUGUGAGGUACGGACCACGGACUCCUUUAUAAGCCAUGAAUAUCAUAACAUCCUCAUCUUGUCCUAAGCAAGAAAGUUUUCCGGUGAACCAUGUUGCAUAAACCGUUGUCUUCCGAAACAUAAUAUAGAAGAAGUAAAUGCUAAUCUUGCAAUUCAAGUUCCCACCAAGACCCAUGAGAUAACAAAUGCAAGUUUUUAAGUUGUAUCAAACUUUAAAUCAGAUUUUUGGGUUGUUUUUUUUAUUAUUCUUUUGUGUGUCUGUAUGAAAUUGCAUAAUCGUAUUAUGAAAUGGCAGAUGUAGACACAAGUAAUGGGGAUGGUAUAUUUUUUAAUUCUGGUAGUUAAUUUUCUUUAGGCAGGGUAUUUUGUUAUUUAACAAAUCUUUUUUGACUUGAUGCAAAUUUGGCAAUCACACUUUUAAAUUUUUGGGGGGCUUUUUAUACGUUUUGAGGAAAUGCUGAGACUGGUAUUGACUUGCCAGGCUACACAUGGAAAGUAGAUGUUUUGAAAUUACGGUCAUCAUGAAAUUAUAAUAAUUUCAGAGUUAUGGGGCACAUUCUUACUGGGUGGGUUGUAAAACCCAGGGUAUAGCGAUGUAAUUUCAAGUUGUUGUUUUUUUAAUUAGAUAAUCAAGGAUGAGGACUUGUAAUUGGUGUACAUUAUACAGAGAGCUUUUGGUUUUUAAAGUUAUACAUAGUGUAGAGGGACCUUAUGCUCAAUUUUGCUUCAAACCGUUCCCUUUUCUUUUAUACCAUCCUUUUUUGAUGUUUGAGUCUCAACUUCCUUUACACUUUGCCAACCACUUCUAAUUAUAACCCUCUGCCUCCCACUUGCCCACAAGAAUUGAGCAUCUUGUCCCUGUAGAUGUAGUAAAAUAGGUUUAAGAGUUGGAUUUGUCACUCCUUUAGUUACCGUAGUCCAUCGUAAGUAAGUUUUAAGUAAGGCUGUAUUUAUUGUAGGUAGUCUUAUGUCCAUUUUACAUGGUGUGGUGUCCUGCUAUUAUUAAGUAUAUCUGAGAACAGAACUACUGGUAACCAGAAAGAAUUGGCCCUGUACACCCCCUAGCAUACCAGUGCGGUACUACAACUGCAGUUUUGUUACCAACCUGGUCUCUCAUUAAGAAGGUACUUAUACAAUGUGCAAACAGUGACCACUUUGUUAGGAGGUAAUGGCUUAAAUGCCCUGUGUGGACUGUACCUACUUAACGUUCUCGCAAACACAAAAUCAAGACUUGUAUGUAUAUGUUCAUUUCAAUUAUUUCUGACUUUUUACAUAGAAGAUGAUAUACAUACAAUAUUGUCAACAGAAUGUGCUAAAUUAGAUUUCUUCAAAUUUGUCUCUGUAACCUAUAACAACUGAUCCCAGGCCAACUAGACUUGAGAA